AUGGCCACUGACAAUAAAACAGAGGAAUAUAUUAAACUUCGAGUUGUUGGACAAGACAAUAGCGAAGUUCAUUUUAAAGUUAAAAUGACAACAAGUCUUGGUAAAUUGAAAAAAUCCUAUGCUGAACGGCAAGGCGUUAGUGCAGCUACAUUACGAUUUCUUUUUGAUGGCAAACGUAUCAAUGAUGAUGAAACACCAAAACAACUUGAAAUGGAAGAUAAUGAUACGAUUGAAGUUUAUCAAGAACAAGUUGGAGGAUGCUAUUGA